AUGCAGAUUUGCGAAGCUUUCCAGGAUCCGUCGGGUUCGCAUCCACUGCGCCACAUUAAUGUGGGCGCGCUGGUCAAAGAGAAAGGAUUCCAGGCGUCGUACGAUGCCGAGUGGGACUCCUACGAAGUGGACGAGGACCAGCUUCUGGACUAUCUCGAGCCUCUUUCUGGAGGUACGGCGCCGGAUCCGAUCGACGAGGACCCGGAGGGAUGCGAGCAGGCACGAGAACUCGCGAGCGACGAUGACACCCGUGGCGGCCUUGUUCUGGACUGGCAUACCUGCGAGGCAUGGCCCGAGCGCUGGGUUGAUCUGGUCCUUGUGCUGCGGUGCGAUCACCAGCGGCUGUGGGCGCGCCUGGAAAAGAGGUGUGUACCGCGUACUCACUGCAGGAACUACUCCGAGAAAAAGAUCGCCGAAAACAACGAGGCGGAAAUCAUGGGCGUCGUUAUGGAGGAAGCGCGAGAGUCGUAUGCACCAGAGGCUAUUGUCACGCUGCCGAGCGAUACAGCCGAGGAGAUGGAUGCGAAUGUAGAGCGUGUCGUGUCUUGGAUCCGGGCAUGGCGCCAGCAGCGUGGUCUGCCUUAG